AUUUUAUAGUGAAAGAGAGAUCGAACUUGGAGUAACAUCACAGAAACUUCAACAUAUUAGUAUAUAUUUGUGAAUCGGAAUAACAAUAUCUAAAAUUGACGAAUAAUAAUAUACUCUCCUUUCUCUAUUCCACCACAACGACCUUUCGUCUAAAUCGAAGAUGUACGGAUUUAGGAGUUUGAACACGGAAGAUGGUGGAAUUAAAGGAGAUAUAGAAGAAGGAACCUUAUAUCCAGGUCUCGGAUAUGGUGAGAAUCAGUUGCGUUGGGGUUUCAUUCGUAAAGUCUACGGUAUUCUCGCUGCUCAGAUCCUCUUGACCACCCUUGUCUCUGCCGCCACUGUGCUCUACGCGCCCAUCAACGAUCUCCUACGUGGCACUCCUGGCCUUCUCUUCCUCAUUAUCCUUCCUUUUCUCUUGCUGUGGCCCUUGCACAUAUAUCAGCAGAGGCAUCCAUUGAAUUUUGUUUUCCUUGGCCUCUUCACUGCUUCUUUGAGUCUCACAGUGGGUGUGACCUGUGCUAAUACUGAAGGAAGAAUUGUGCUUGAAGCCUUGGUCUUGACAUCCGCUGUAGUUACAGCUCUGACUGGAUACACAUUCUGGGCUUCUAAGAAGGGCAAAGACUUCAGCUUCCUGGGUCCAAUACUGUUUACUAGCCUCUUUGUACUUAUCCUGACUGGAUUUAUGCAGAUGUUCUUCCCUCUCGGAUCUACAACUAGUGCUGUUUACAGUGCAAUCAGUGCUAUAAUUUUCUGUGGAUACAUUAUUUACGACACAGACAACCUGAUUAAGAGGUUCACAUAUGAUGAAUACAUCUGGGCAUCUGUCACUCUGUACCUGGAUGUUCUGAACCUGUUCUUGACCAUUCUGCGUAUUCUGAGGCAGGGAGACAACUAAGUGUGUGGGCAAUGUCACCUGAAAUGCGUGUGAUCAAAACAUUUUUAAAAAUUUUGCUUUGUUUGUCCAUUAAUAUGGCUGAAACAUGGUUCUAUAGAUAAGUUGUCUUACUGUUUCUACUGGUAUAUUACUUGUAAGUAGCACUUAAGUUCCAGUGUUUGAUGUUGUCAAGGCCAAUUAUCAGGAAAUUCCAAAAUAAAGUGUCAUUGAUGUUUACUGUAA